AUGAAGCAGCAACUCGAUGCUUCUAAGGUCUUCAGUAGCAUGGUGGUCUUCGACAAGUUCCAAAGUCAACUCUCCAACCUUCUCUACACGCUCAACCAGUCGAUGACCGCCAAGGUUUCUUUAGAUCGUAUCACGAACUUUUUAUACGACUCGGAAUUGUUAGAUUCCUACGCAAAUCAAGCAUCCCACUCCAAUGACCCGAAUCGCAGAAUUGUCUCCUCUGAAGAACGCAACGAAGAGAUCGGAUUCAGAAAUGCGACUUUCUCAUGGUCUCUAUCAGGCUCAGAGACGCCCGAUAAACGCCGGUUUAUCCUCCACAUUGAUGGAGAGCUCCUUUUCAGGAGAGGAUGCAUAAACAUGGUUAUUGGGCCCACGGGGUGUGGUAAGACGUCGCUUCUAAUGGCUCUUCUCUCGGAGAUGCACUUUAUACCCAACAGUCCUGAUUCGUGGUAUAAUCUUCCGAGGGAAGGCGGCGUCGCAUACGCAGCGCAAGAAUCGUGGGUUCUAAAUGCCACUAUCAAGGACAACAUUGUUUUCGGCACUCCGUUCGAUGAAGAGCGAUAUAAGAAGGUUUUGUACCAGUGCUGCCUGGAGCGAGAUUUGAGGUUGUUCGGUGCUGGUGACAUGACAGAGGUUGGAGAAAAAGGUGUUACGCUGAGUGGGGGACAGAAAGCCCGAGUGACCCUUGCGAGAGCGAUCUAUUCCCGUGCAGAGAUUCUUCUUCUCGAUGAUGUCUUGGCAGCGCUGGAUGUUCAUACCUCGAAAUGGAUUGUCGAGAAAUGCUUCGAGAGCGACUUGGUGAAAGGGCGGACGAUGAUCCUCGUGACGCACAAUGUGGCCAUGGUUCAACCUUUGGCCGACUAUGUUAUCUCUCUGAACGAUGGUCGUAUUGCCAGCCAAGGGUCUAUAACAGACGCGUUGGCAAAGGACAAGAAACUUAUAGAUGAAGUCAAAAUUGACGAAGAAAUUGAGCACAAAGGAAAUGAAGUGGUUGACCCCGUUCUUGAUGGCCCUGUGAAGUCGGAUGGAAAAUUGAUUCUUGCCGAGGAAGUUGAACUCGGUCAUCUCGGCUGGCCAGCACUGAAACUGUGGUUAUCGAGUCUUGGUGGUCGGCGGUGGUUACUUUUCUACGUCACCUUUAUCGGAUCUUUCUUAAUCGCAGACUUGAUCGAGACCGUUCAAAUUUGGUAUCUGGGGUAUUGGGCAGAACAGUACAAUGAGCAUCCUCCCGAGGAGGUGGAUCCGGUCUAUCACCUUAGUGUCUAUGGCACUAUGCUACUGUUCGUUAUCAUAGCCUACGUGUUCGUCUUCUUCACGUAUCUCAACGGAGCAUUGAGAGCGUCGCGAGUGAUUCACAAACAGCUCGUUGAGUCUAUACUAGGCACGACGAUGAGAUGGCUUGAUAGGACCCCCACUUCGCGAGUCAUCACUCGUUGUACACAGGAUAUAAGAGAUAUUGACGAUAGCAUCGGUCAAAUGUUCUCCGUGCUUAUUGCCAUGACAAGCGCCAUGCUCCUGAGAUUCCUUGCCGUCGUAGUGUUUACACCUGCAUUCCUGGGGCCAGCAGUGCUUGUGGCAGUUUUAGGAGUAUGGUGCGGCCAAAUCUACAUUCGGUCCCAAAUGGCUGUAAAACGUGAGAUGGCCAAUGCCAAAGCACCUGUUUUGGGACACUUUGGGUCAGCCAUAGCUGGGCUCACCUCGAUCCGUGCAUAUGGCGUCGAAGAAGGCUUCAAGAAGGAGUCUCGUUCACGCAUUAAUUAUUACUCAAGGCCCGCUCGCACGUUUUACAACCUCAAUCGUUGGAUCGAUAUCCGGAUCGACGCAAUCGGCAAUAUAUUUUCCGCUUCCCUGGCUGUUUACCUCGUUUAUGUUGGACAACAGAACCCUUCAAACACAGGUUAUUCCCUAAAUAUGGCUGUUUCGUUCAGUGGGAUGAUUCUGUGGUGGAUUCGAUUCGUGAACAUGUUUGAAAUUCGGGGCAACAGUCUUGAGCGAAUAAACGGUUACAUCAACAUAGAACAAGAGCCCAAGUCUGUUACCGAAGGUACACCACCCGCUUACUGGCCCUCGAGCGGAGAAUUACGCGUGGAGAAACUUGCAGCAAGAUACUCUUCGGAUGGUCCCAAGGUGCUCAAGGAUAUCUCUUUCUCUGUAAAGUCUGGGGAACGGAUUGGUGUCGUGGGUCGCACCGGAUCGGGAAAAAGUUCACUAAUGCUUUCCCUUUUGCGAUGCAUUCUAACUGAAGGCGAUGUCUACUACGAUGGGCUUCUAACGUCCAAAUUGAAUUUACAGGAUCUUCGCUCGAAUAUUACUAUCAUUCCCCAAAUGCCCGAACUCAUCAGUGGUACUGUUCGAGAAAAUCUAGAUCCUUUCAGUCAAUUUGACGACGCCACUCUUAAUGAUGCGUUACGUGCUUCUGGGCUCUUCUCUCUACAGAAUGAAGGGCACCAGGACCGUAUUAACCUAGAUAGUUCCAUUUCAAGCGGUGGCAAUAAUUUAUCUGUCGGGCAGCGUCAGAUUCUCGCCUUAGCACGAGCUAUAGUUAGGGGGAGCAAGUUAUUCAUUCUGGACGAAGCAACUUCCGCUAUCGACUACAAGACGGAUUCCAUUAUUCAAUCGUCUCUUCGUCGAGAAUUGGGCCAGGAUGUGACCUUGAUCACCGUCGCUCAUCGACUGCAGACCAUAAUGGAUGCUGACAAAAUCAUGGUUCUGGAUGAGGGUUCGAUUGCUGAGUAUGACAACCCUCAAGAAUUGCUGAAGAUGGACGGCGGAAAACUACGUGCUUUAGUUGAUGAAUCAGGAGACAGAGACCAUUUGUACGAAAUGGCACGGCGCGGACGUUGGUCAACCAGUUAG